AUGUCUUUGAGUGAAGUGUCAGAUAGUGGCGCUCCAGGGGACUUCGAGCACCCCAAUGAGAACCUACGCCGCACGAUCAUCGUGAGUUUGUAUUUCGCCUUCAUCGUCUCGACGGUUGCCGUUGUCCUUCGACUCGUGGCAAGACGAAUCACCGGUACCGGUUUAUUUCUAGACGAUUAUCUGAUUCUCAUAGCUCUGCUUUUCAAAUAUGGGUGCUCGAUCGGAACUGCCAUUCUUCUAUUCAACGGCAUGGGGUCUCACUUGGAGAUGAUUCCUCCAGACCACCUCACUGUCUACCUGAAGAUUGGAUGGUCAAACUCAUUCAUCUAUACGACUGCCAUAAUGUUUACGAAGCUAUCUAUCCUCGCUCUAUAUAAGCGGCUUUUUUCUACUCAUAGCAUGGUUCUCACAGUCAACAUCGUCGCUUUAUUCGUCAUCCUAUGGACAUUCGCUGUUUACAUUGUGAGUGUUAUGCAGUGUAUCCCGGUCCAAAAGUUUUGGAUCCCGACACUCGACGGCCAAUGUAUCGAGCCUGCGAAACUGUUCUAUACACAGCAGAUUCCAAACAUCUUGAGCGAUGUGAUUCUACUCGUAAUACCACUGAAGCCAGUAUGGUCGUUAUCGAUUUCCAAAAAGCAGAGAGUCCUGCUGUCAUUUGUGUUCCUGGUUGGCUGUUUAACUCUGAUCUUCGACAUUGUUCGCCUCGUGGCCAUGAUUCAGUUUACCCAUUCCGGACCCGAUAUUACCUUCAACCAAGUUCCAAUGGCAGCGUGGACGUGCACCGAGGCGGCAGUGGCCAUUACCGCAGCAUCGAUGUCCAGCUUUCGCCCGCUCUUCCGACUCGGUCGACGCAAGUUCUGGACGGAGGUUCGACAAUCAACGUCACCGGGACAUUAUAAGAAGCCGACCAAAGAGUCGCAAGGGUUCUCGACUCAAAGCACCGUGGUGGACCCUUAUUUACUCCAGGACGGAAUUUAUAUGCAGCAUAGUGUUUCGAUUCAGGAUAAGAAAGUCUAG